UGUAUGUCUUUGCCUAGUAGUAAGGGUGAACAUUUUUCCAUGUAUUUGACUACUAAAUGCAUUUUUCCCCUUUGGGGAUUUAGCUGCUGAUGUGACACAAACCUUGCUACCCGAGGUUGGUCUUUUAGGAGAUGGCUCUGGGGGUUGAAUCGGGAUUGAGCUGGCCAGGGUCACAUGGAGGCUACAGAAAACAGGAAGGACAGAGACAAAGAGGCCAAGGGAAGCCAACCUGGGGACUACCACGGGCCAAGAAGAGACUUCUGUGGCAACUCCUCCUGUGUGCAUUCGGCGUCUCAGGCCUGUUCCUACACAGGCUCCAUAUUGUCAGGUACUUAGAAGGCUUAGUCCCCAUGGGCAUCUGCCCCACAGAUACAAGGCCUCUGCUGAGGGACAACUUCACAGGUGGCCUGCGGCACUGGGCCCGACCUGAAGUCCUGACCUGUACCUCUUGGAGAGCGCCGAUUAUUUGGGAUGGCAUCUUUGACCCACACGAAGCCCAGCAAGAGGCGAGACGGCAGAACCUCACCAUUGGGCUGACAGUCUUUGCUGUAGGCAGGUACCUGGAGAAGUACCUGGAACACUUCCUGGAAUCUGCCGAGCAGCACUUUAUGGUGGGUCAGAGCGUGGUGUACUACGUGUUCACUGAUCGCCCGGAAGCCGUGCCCUACAUAGCCCUGGGCCAGGGUCGCCUGCUGCGGGUGGAACCCGUGCUGCGAGAGAGCCGCUGGCAGGACGUGUCCAUGGCGCGCAUGCACACGCUACACGAGGCCCUGGGAGGGCCGCUGGGGCAGGAAGCUGACUAUGUGUUUUGCCUGGACGUAGACCAGCACUUCACUGGUAACUUCGGGCCCGAGGCGCUGUCUGAUUUGGUGGCGCAGCUGCACGCCUGGCACUACCGCUGGCCGCGGUGGCUGCUGCCCUACGAGCGGGACAAGCGAUCGGCGGCCGCGCUGGGCUUGGGAGAGGGCGACUUCUACUACCACGCGGCGGUGUUCGGGGGCAGUGUGGCGGCGCUGCGCAAGCUGACGGCCCACUGUGCGCUUGGCCAGCAGCGGGACCGUGAGCGUGGCAUCGAGGCGCUCUGGCACGACGAGAGCCACCUCAACAAGUUCUUCUGGCUGUACAAGCCCACCAAGCUGCUGUCGCCUGAGUUCUGCUGGGACCAGCAAAUUGGCUGGAAGCCAGAGAUCCACUACCCUCGCCUGCUCUGGGAGCCCAAGGAGUAUGCAUUAGUGCGAAACUAGCAGGCUCCCCUGGGCGGGCCGGGCGGCCAGGAGCAUCUUGGGCACUGCGGGUGUGGAGUGGGGAUCACAUGAUGUUUCAAGACCAUGGAGCCAGCUGGAGGCCGGUUACAGUGCCCCUGGAAGGGGACUGUGGAGCUCAGAGGUCUUCAAAAGAGGUUCCUGUUCCUGGGACCUGUAGACUCUAUUAACCAAUCAGCUGGCUGGAGAAUCCCUUUGCUCUAACCAGAUGCAAAUUAUGGAAAGGCGAGAGGAAGCUCUACUUAGGCAGGUGUUGGUCAAGCAUGUCAGCUUGCCCUCAGCAAGCAGGUGGGGGUCGCAAGGUACGCUUUCUGGUGUUAAAACUUUGCCUAUCUUAGUCCUUGGUUGCAGCUUCUACGUGGUCUUAGGUUUCAGGGUUCCCCAGACCUUGACAGUGCUUACAGCCUCUGAGCCUUCAGUAUCUGAGGCUUGACAGCUGUCUGGAAGCAUUCCUGUGACCAGGGCCUUCCGUUUCUCUUCCCUUGGUCCUCAGCUCCUCCUCCUCUCUGCCUCCGCGAUUCGUCUUGUUCAUGCUCUGUGGCCCCUCUUGUUCAACUGCCUCUUCCUCCUCCAUCAACCCGCUGCUGGCUUCCCACUUGUGCAGCUUGCCUGGCUGACCCAGGGAACACUUCGCCUUGGGCUCCCAAGCAGCUGGCUUCUUGUCGCUGGUGUGGCGUGGCCUGAUGACCACGGCUAGCUGUAACCGCCCCUUUCAUCUCCACUGUUCUGCGGGUCGCUAUGCUAACUCGUCCUUCAUGCUACUAGAUCAGCCCUCACCCUUAAACAUUGGCAAGACCAUUCAAGAGAAGCCCUUUAUGGGCCUAACAGUGCAAUGUCAGGGAAGCAGCGUGGGAGUAUCGUCUUCCCCACCCCACCUCCGCCCCCACCGGCUCACUAAGAGCAGCUGGACAUCUAGUUCUAUAUAGGAUAAAUAACAGGAUAAAAGGGUAGAUUAUUGAAUUUAUUCUGAGAAGAAAAAAGGGA